AUGCGUUUACUCCCAUAUUUAUUUUGUACUCUAAUAGCUGGACUAUGCAGUGGACUGUUUAUGCCACUCGAGGAUCCAUUGUUACUGAAUAAAUAUUCAAUAAAUUAUAUUUCUUUGCAAGCCUGGGAGAAAUCUAUACUCAGCAAUGAAACUGCUUUGACUGAAGGGUCGAUUCACGAUAUGGGUGACUCUUUGAAAUGUUACAUACCAGAUUCAUCCAAUUACAAUCCGUCUGAAGAAAUUGCUGAGAGAAAUGAGACGGAAUUGAAUAAAAUUAUGGCAGAUAACUUAGAAAAGGGUGUUAAAAUAAUUCAAGAAACUUUAACAUCAUGUAUUAUUCACCCCAAUGGAUUUUGGAACUACAAAUACUGUCCAGGUGACAGUUUAGUGCAAUACCAUGCCAAUAGUGGUUCUGAUCAUUUAUUGGCUUAUAACUUAGGAAGAUCACCCAAAAGAAUUCAAGAUAGACAGUACCAGUUAUUAUAUAAUGAGUACGGCUAUUACAUUGGUGAAUUUUUAGACGAUGGUGAAUACUGUGAAGUAACAGGUUACCCUAGAAUGACAGAAAUUCAAUAUACUUGUGGUCCAAGUAAUGGUCCGGCCAAUUUCCAAUGGGCAAGGGAAACUAAAACCUGCGUUUAUGAAGCAAGAAUCAAUAUCCCUGAACUAUGUGACCUAGAAUUACUAUCUUUAAACGACGACAAAAAGACUGCCAGACCAGUCAUAUGUGUUAAAGACUUUAACAUUAAUACUUCGAGUUCUAAUGCUACUGAUGCAGAUGGAUCUUCAUCACUAAAUCCAGGAGUUAUUAACGUAUUAUCUGCCUAUGACCCAACGUUCUUAGGCUACAGUUUCUAUCUACUAACCCCCAAGAGCGCCGUAAUAAAUAGCGAGAUUAAGAAUAGAAAUUUACUAAUGUAUACAGGAGCGGUAAGCAAAUAUGCAUCUCUGGAUGAGUUAUAUGCUGUUUUGUACCAAAAGGCAAGCAAUGCUGUUAGCAGAAUGAUGUUCAUGAAAUACUUAUUGCUACCGGACAAUAAACCUUUCAAAGAAGGAGAUGAAUUUACGUGGGUGGCUGAUCUCGUAAAUAUGGAAGGUAACAGAGUAUACACCUUAACUUUUCAUAUCAAUGAAAGAUUAUUAGUAGAUAUUCAGAAGACAGAAGGCGUUCAAUUUCCUGAAAUUGGAAACUUUAUUAGCUAUAAAAGAAAAGGAGGAAAGUUAAUAAGAUUACCUAGAGAAAAUAAAGCUCCUACAGCGAACCCUAUCAAAAAAAUAACCUCAAGCCAAGAAAGUCAUAUAGUAGAAGAGGAAAGAAACGCUGAUGAAACGAAUAAUUCAGUUAAAGUAGAAAGUUCAGUUAAAACACAAGGCUUCGAUAAGGUAAUAACUGCUGAAAAGAAGGAAUUGAUCAACAGUGACAAUCAAGAUGUUACCUCUAUGAACAAAAAAGUUAACUCGAUAAAGAGUAAUAGUGUAUCUGAUUUGACAAUCAAGUCAACCACUACAAUAAUAACCACCUCCGUUUUAGCAUCAGAAUUUUCAUCGAAAGAAAAAUCGAUAGACUCUACCGAUAAGGUGAAUAAAAUUAAGAAUGAAAAUAUUCAUAAAAUAAAUGAUCGAGAAAAGAAACCAAAUAAAUUAGAAUCAAAAAAUGUAAAAUCGGAGCUAAACACUUCAAAGAAGCCUAUAGAAAAUGAAAUUAAUAAUAAACCUACAAAAACUAAUGAAAACUCUAAUUUUGUAAGCCUGCAGAAUUCGCAUAAAUCUCAAGCAACUAAAGAUUUAGGAAAGGAAGUAACACCAGCUUCCAUUAUAUCAAAAUCCGAGGCAAAGAAAACUACAUUAGCGUCUACCCAGAGUAAGGAAAGUGAUUAUACUGUUCAUAAUGUAGAUUCAACAAUAGUACACGAUGAGCUAUAA